AUGGCUGACCUCGAUCCAUCAACAGAAGCCAAGACAUGGGCGAACAUAUUAGACACUUCGGAUGCACUGACUCCAGAUCCAGGUACCGAAGACAUGUUUAGAACUGAACAAAACAAAUUCGUUUUUAGUCCAGGACAACUUUCCGAACCACUUAACCCCAAGAGCCUCAACGUAUUUUAUGCCCUUGGGGGGCUCAACGGCAUAGAAAAGGGACUACGGACUGAUCGCAGUGCAGGUCUUGGCAUCGAGGAGUCGACAUUAGACGGCGAGGUUAACUUUCACGAUGUCGCGCCUAAGGGAACACCAAUACAUGGCACUGCUGGCGAUUCUAUACCCGAAAGCAAUGCUGAAGCGGCAGUACACAUACACCUUCCAGACGACCCGAAUCCUGCCGGCCCCUUUUGCGAUCGGAAGAAGAUAUUCAGAGAUAACGUACUUCCCGAGAAAAAGUCCAAAUCCUUACUCGAGAUUGCCUGGACCACCUACAACGACAAAGUUCUCAUUCUCUUAACCAUUGCUGCUGUGGUGUCGCUAGCCCUUGGCUUGUACCAGGCUUUUGGUGGUGAUCAUAAACCAGGGGAGCCAAAGGUUGAGUGGGUUGAAGGUGUGGCGAUUAUUGUCGCCAUCGUCAUUGUUGUGCUUGUCGGUACGAUCAACGACUGGCAUAUGCAACGGCAGUUCACCCGCCUUACAAAGAAAACCAACGACCGUAUGAUCAGCGUGAUUCGCUCCGGAAAAUCUCAAGAAAUUUUAAUCAACGAUGUGAUGGUUGGUGAUGUUAUGCAUCUCACUACUGGAGACAUCGUGCCCGUAGAUGGUAUCUUUAUCCAGGGCAGCGCUGUCAAGUGUGACGAGUCCUCAGCUACUGGAGAAUCCGAUCUUCCGCGAAAGACUCCAGCUGCUGAAGUUUUUGACGCGAUGCAAAAGCCAAACACCAAAGAUGUCGAGAAGCUGGACCCCUUUAUAAUCUCGGGAAGCAAAGUCAGCGAGGGCAACGGAACCUUUCUCGUCACUGCUGUAGGUGUCAAUUCCAGCUACGGCCGCAUUUCAAUGGCCCUUCGAACCGAGCAGGAAGAUACAUCGCUCCAGAGAAAAUUAAAUGUCCUGGCAGAUUGGAUUGCAAAGGUCGGUGCUGGUGUUGCUCUACUGCUCUUCAUUGUGCUUUUCAUCAAGUUCUGUGCCCAGCUCCCGAACAACCGUGGCUCUCCUUCUGAAAAGGGCCAGGAUUUUAUGAAGAUUUUCAUUGUCUCCGUCACUGUCGUCGUUGUGGCAGUCCCCGAAGGAUUACCCUUGGCAGUAACACUGGCGCUGAGCUUUGCGACGGUCAAGAUGAUCCGUGAUAACAAUCUUGUGCGAAUCCUCAAAGCCUGCGAAACAAUGGGAAAUGCCACAACUGUUUGUUCCGACAAGACUGGCACAUUGACUCAGAACAAGAUGACUGUCGUCGCCACCACUCUUGGCAAAGCCACGAGUUUCGGUGGUACUGAUGCGCCCAUGGACAAGUCGGUAAGAAUUGACCGGGAGGCAAUUACCGUGCCCAAUGUUUCGGAGACUGAAUUUGAGAAUGGACUAAGCCAGGAAGUCAAAGACCUCCUCGUUCAUUCUAAUGUCCUAAACUCGACUACAUUUGAAGGUGAACAAGAUGGACAAAAGACAUUCAUCGGGUCCAAGACUGAGGUCGCUUUACUGACCCAUUGCCGAGACCGUCUCGGAUCGGAUCCUGUUGAAGAGAUUGCACAAACCAUCCCUUUUGACAGCAAAUACAAGUAUAGUGCUGUCGUAGGUGCUUCGGAGAUCCUCCUGAGCAAAUGUACCAAAGUCCUCGAGAAUACAUCUCAGGGGGACCUUGCAUCGGCCCCCCUGACAGAUAUAGAGCGAGACAUGUUCAACUUGAUCAUCAGCUCCUACGCAGCUCAAACCCUUCGAACCAUUGGUUCUUCAUAUCGAGAUUUUGAAGCGUGGCCACCUGAAGGGGCUUCUUCCCCAGAGAACCCACAAUACGCAGACUUCAAUUCUGUACAUCAAAACAUGACAUUGAUCAGUAUUUACGGUAUCAAAGACCCGUUGAGACCGACCGUCAUCAGUGUCCUCGAAGACUGCCGUCGAGCCGGCGUGUUUGUGAGAAUGGUCACAGGUGACAACAUUCAGACGGCCUGUGCUAUUGCUUCCGAAUGUGGCAUCUUUAGGCCUGACGAAGGCGGCAUUGCAAUGGAGGGCCCAGACUUCCGAAGACUUCCGCCUAGAGAGCGCAAAGAGAAAGUUAGACAUCUUCAGGUUCUUGCCCGUUCUAGUCCUGAGGAUAAACACAUUAUGGUCCGUACCCUUAAAGAUCUUGGGGAGACGGUCACUGUAACUGGUGAUGGAACAAACGAUGCUCCUGCUUUGAAGAUGGCUGAUAUCGGAUUCUCCAUGGGCAUUGCGGGGACCGAAGUAGCCAAGGAGGCAUCGUCAAUUAUUCUUCUUGAUGAUAAUUUUGCUUCUAUCGUAAAGGGUUUGAUGUGGGGUCGUGCUGUCAAUGAUUCCGUCAAGAAGUUCCUCCAGGCAGGUUUUCAAUUCCAGCUGACUGUCAAUAUCACAGCCGUGGUAUUAACAUUUGUAUUAGCUGUCGCAAGCAGCACACAGGAGUCUGUCCUCAAUGCCGUUCAGCUUCUUUGGGUCAACCUGAUCAUGGAUACCUUUGCAGCAUUUGCACUUGCGACAGACCCCCCUACUCGUGCUGUACUUGACCGAAAGCCGGAUCGAAAGUCUGCACCUCUCAUCACAUUGAGAAUGACCAAGAUGAUCACAGGCCAAGCUAUUUGUCAACUUGCCAUCACUUUUGUGCUGAACUUUGGUGGCAAGAAACUUCUGGGCUGGUACGAUGACUCUGAAAAGGAUGCCAAAGAGCUAAAGACACUCGUAUUCAACACAUUUGUCUGGCUGCAAAUAUUCAACGAAAUCAAUGAUGCCUUUGAGAUUGUUCGCUUGAGCGGAAAGGAAUGGGGAUUGUCGAUCGGCCUAGGAGCAAUAUCUAUUCCCUGGGGUGUAGCCAUCAGGCUCUGCCCUGAUGAGUGGAUUGCUGCUUGUCUCCCAGAGGCAGAUCUUGCUGCUGAAAAGUCACUGGAUUCAGACGAUGAGUUUGUGCGACCACCACUCCGUGUCAUGAGUUCUCUCCGAGGACCGCGUGUACAGCAGCACAUCGGAUUCAGGGAAAGAAUGCAUAGGUAUAAGGAGAAGACCAAGGAAAAGACGCUGGGGGAGACAAAUGCCCAGCCAGAUAAGUCAGGGACAGUUGUUGGCCAUGUUGCUGAAGGGGGUAACUCCUAG